AUAAUUGUGUGAUCUAUCCUACCUCUUUAUCUUCGUUUGUAGCGUGCACCCUUGAUAUAUCAGAAAUAUGGGGGUAACAUGGCCUCCCUGCUUAGUUGUUUAUGUUCUGAGCAUCAUCAGCUUGACGCUAAACGCAGGAGUGCAGCACACAAAUGCUGCACUAUCAGAAGAGACACUGAAACUGAUAGCCGAGGCCAACGCGAAUGGCCCUUAUUUAGGCUUGGUCAUUCCUAAUUCUUUCGAAAUGGAUCCUCUCCUUCAAUCUCCCAACUUCACUUCUUCUAACUUGAUUAUAGAUUUUUCCGGAAGAAGAUUUCGGUUUGGAACCAUAGCUGGAAAACAGGUCGUAUUAGUCAUGACAGGACUCGCCAUGAUUAAUGCAGGAAUAACCACUCAGCUCUUGCUAAGCCUAUUCGAUAUAGAAGGAGUGGUGCAUUAUGGCAUAGCAGGCAAUGCAAACCCAGAUCUCCAUCUUGCAGAUGUGGUCAUUCCUCAGUUUUCGGCGCAUACUGCUCUUUGGAACUGGCAGAGAUAUGGAAAUGGACCAGAAGAUGAGCUGCCCCUUGAAUCACAAGGAGACUACACCAGAGACAUUGGCUACUUAAAAUUUGCAAAUUUUACAGUCAAUGUGACAGAUGGAACCUCAUACGACAACCUAUUGAACAAUAUUUGGUAUCAACCGGAGGAAAUCUUCCCCGUCGAUGGAACUCCAGAACAAAGAGAGCAUGCUUUCUGGGUCGAGGUUGAUCCAUUCUACUAUGAAAUUUCCCAAAAGCUAGAGGACAUGGAACUUGAAGGUUGCCUAAACACGACAACAUGUUUGUCACAUACACCAAGAGUGGCAAGAGUCCAAAGGGGAACAAGUGCAAGCAUUUACCUAGACAAUGCUGCAUACCGAGACUUCAUAUAUGAUAAGUUCAACAUAACUCCGGUGGAUAUGGAAAGUGCUUCUGUUGCUUUAAUAUGUCUUCAGCAAAAGGUGCCGUUCAUCGUCAUCAGAUCGCUUUCUGACUUGGCCGGCGGUGGCUCUGCGGAUUCAAAUGAGGCUGACACUUUCAUCACUCUUGCUUCCAACAAUUCAGUCACCGUUCUUUUGGAAUUUGUCAAACACUUAUCUGCUGCUACUAUCUCACUGAGCAGCAUCGAUGUCGAUGCUUAUCACAUAGAUGGUGCAAUAUCUGCAAAAACACAGAAGUUGAUCAAUAAGGCCAACAAGAAAGGCCCUUACUUAGGAUUGGUCAUUCCGAAUACUUUCGAAAUGAACCCUCUUCUUGAGUCUUCAAACUUCACCUCUACUAACUUGACUAUAGACUUUUCUGGAAGGAGAUUCCGGUUUGGAAUGAUUGCUGAAAAGAAAGUCUUGUUAGUGAUGACAGGAAUGGGAAUGAUUAAUGCAGGUAUAACAACUCAGCUUUUGUUGAGCGUGUUCAAUAUAGAAGGAGUGGUACAUUAUGGGAUAGCCGGUAAUGCAAACCCAGACUUCAAUAUUGCAGAUGUGGUCAUUCCUCAGUUUUGGUCCCAUUCUGGUCUUUGGAACUGGCAGAAAUAUGGAGACGGGCCUGAAGAUGAACUACCCCUUGAAUCAAUAGGAGACUUCACCAGAGACAUUGGAUAUUUGAGGUUUGCAAAUUACACAGUGAAUGUAACCGGUGGAAGCUCAUAUGACAACUUGUUAAACUAUAUCUGGUUUCAAGAAGAGGAAAUUUUCCCCGUCAACGGAACUCCAGAAGAAAGAGAGCGUGCUUUCUGGGUCGAGGUUGAUCCCACCUACUAUGAAAUCGCCAAAAAACUCGAGGGCCUAACACUUGAAAGCUGCAUAAACUCAACGACGUGUUUGUCCGAAACACCAAAAGUGGCAAGAGUCCAAAGGGGAACUAGUGCAAGCAUAUACCUAUACAAUGCUGCUUACCGGAACUUCAUAUAUGAUAAAUUCAACGUAACUCCGGUGGACAUGGAAAGUGCUUCUAUUGCCUUGAUUUGUCUUCAACAGAAUGUGCCUUUUAUAACCAUUAGGGCUCUCUCAGACUUGGCCGGCGGUGGCUCCUCCGUUACGGACGACGCUGAUACUUUCUUCGAUCUUGCCGCAAAUAAUUCGGUUAUAGUUCUCUUGGAAUUCAUCAAAGAGUUAUCAGCUUCUACUCUAUCUAAGAGCACCAUCCACGUAUUGUAG